AUGGCGGACAUGAGGAAAUGCAGUGAAAAUUGCGCUCAGUCGGCCACCCAGAAGCGGAAGAGGGGGGAAUGUGAAGGAAAUGAAAAGGGUUUCAUUGGGAAGUGGGAGAGAAGGCUUCAGUCUCAUAAGCUCCAUUCCCAUUUCUCCCAAAUCUCAGUCAGAGCAAAAGCGGCAAAAUCUCUGCGUCGUCUUCCUCGGAGCAAAAUGGCGUCGGGUCUUAGCAAUGGCACCAGGUUAUUCAGAGCUUGCGGAACCCUAUUGGAUUCGCUCAAAUCCGCCACCGGAGCUUCCUAUUCUUCCGCCGCUUCGACCUCUCACAAGUCGGCGGCCUCGAAGCCGAAGGCGAAGCUGAAAGCUUCCGCCGCUACUUCCACAGAAUCCGGAGCAAAGAAAGAGGUCAAUCGUUCGUCGGGGAUCUUCAAGCCGGUCCAAGUGUCUCCGGCUCUCGGUAGCUUCCUCGGUAUGUCCGAGACUUCGCGUUCUGAAGCUGUCAAGCAAAUAUGGUCCUACAUCAAGCUGAAUAAUCUCCAGGUUACUUCCCUUUCUCUCUUGUUUUUCCUGAUAUGA